AUGCGCCUCGGACGGAUGGUACCACUAAAGGGGAUUAAGUGCCUCAGGCCUAUCUUCACAGUACCAAUAUGAAUGUCGGUGCCGCAACUGCCGGCCGGCCUCUCUGGAUGCCCCCGAGGACACAGCCGCGCUGGACCCAAUUGUCCUCCCCCGCGAGAUGCGAUACUUGUCGCUCUUCAGCGGCAUCAAAUCCUGCAAGAAACCACUUCUAUGAUAAAGGACCCUCAUGCUCGUAUAGAUUGCUGCAAGCUAGAGGAUACAGAGACUACAUUCGCUCGCAGACACUGGACAAUACCACGGGCAAGUCACGUACAGCACGCAUCCCGCUCAAAAACGGCUCGGUCUUUGGCCUCUCGGCGACGCGAGGCACGCGAGUCUACCAAGAGGAUGCUUCAAGUGUCUUGUGCGUUCAACUACCGAGUGGAGAUCUCAAAGAAAGCUUAGCACAAAGCCGUAGCAGAGUGGCACAACAAGCUGCCGUCAGGUGGGACGCUGAAAAGGCUGGCGGCGAGGAUCUUGCUGGACAAGUGCUUUGGAUCGGUUGUUUUGACGGACAUGGAGGUCAGGCCAUUUCCGGAUUUCUGCGAUCAUUCCUGCACGACAUUUUUGAACGCGUACAGCCUGAUAUGGUGACUGACACCGUGCAAUACACACGAUCUCAUGGAGGCUAUUUUCGUCGCUUCACCGGGGGCCUUCUAGAGCGCUGGGUCCGGCAAGAUCAAUUACGCUCCGUGCGCUCCGGCGGACCUGGGGGCGCCGCCGCGACCUCCCGAGCGAAAGGCGCUGGUACUCGACCCACAGCAUCUAUGAGUAAUGAUGCAAUGGCCAGAAAAGAAGUGGAUCCUCCUGGUCCGCGGACGCUUUCAGAUCUUGCAGCCACCCUUUCACCUGGUGCUAGAUACAAGCAGCCCAAUGUUGUGCAUUCUGGUGAUGAUGUAGGGGAGACGAAUAAUGACAGGCCGAUCGAGAGCCCUCAUAUGCAGACCGUGUCUUCUCCUUCGGACUCCUUUUCGAAGACAGGAGAGACCGAGAGGCAACCUCCGGAGUCUGAUGCGAAGCAGAUACGGAAUAAGGGUGAUGCAGUGUGCGGCGUCGACACGCAAUCUGGCAGUAGCCCAUUGUCUCCCUUCAGUGUCGAAACACCACCGUCCGCUUCACAAUCGGACGUAACGAAAGGGCUGGACAAGCCUCUAGCAGAUGGUCAGAUGCCUGAUCUUCUUGCCAAGCCCAUCGAGCCGCCCGAGGAGCUGGAAGGGCAACAUCUGACGCUUGCGGAACGCGCUACGCUUGCUUGGCUCGUCGCUGACCGCAUGAUUCAAGCAGACAAGGGCCGACUCGACAUCGGUGGCUCAACGGCAAGCGUUGCUCUCAUAUACAGUCUCGACACACCGGCUGUGCCGUGGUACAGUAGCAAGCUAGUUUCGAUCACGACCGCGCAUGUCGGCGACACGCGCAUGCUGCUCUGCGCCACAGAGGACGGGCGCGCGAUUCCGCUGACGAACUACCACCACCCAGACGACCGAGCCGAAGCCGUGCGUCUGCGCAAGCUGGGAGCAGGCAUGAUCACAGAUUCGUUUGGUGAAUUGCGCUGGAUGGGUGCAUUGGCGAACACGCGUGCGUUCGGCGACUCGCGUUACAAGAAAGUGGGCGUCACUGUUGAGCCAGAGGUGAUCAGCCAGAUCAUCAAGGGAGACGAGUACGCUUUCCUCAUUGCUUUCAGCGAUGGCGUAGGGGGCGUGAUGAGCGACCAGGAAAUCGUCGAUCUCUGCCGAGGUGCAGACCAUCCGAGCGACGCGGCAAAGGCAGUGCUGAGCUUUGCAGAGGAGUUAGGAACUGAGGACAACUGCACCGUGGUUUGCGUGCCACUCCGUGGGUGGGGUAAAGUCAAAGGAGAGGAUGCAACGCAGCAACGGAGAGAAUAUCGGCGAAGUAAGGUGGACAUCUUUCGCGACUCGCGAAAGUAGCCUGUAUUGCUUUGACGCUCAAUUCUAUAAAACAGUAUGAUGUGG